AUGGCGGUCACUGUUCUACCUACCAGCUCCAUGUCCGACUCCGUCAAGCUGGCCGUCCGGUCAACAACAACAUGUUCCGAUACCACAGUGUUGUCCCUCCAAACCCUCCUCCGCGCAUCGUCGAACCCAUCCGAGAAGCCCGUGAGGCGCACAACAAAAUCAGUCAAGGAGCCCAUCAGGCCAACAAGUCGAGCAAAGACAUCUAGGACCACCAAGACAGCCUGCGCGAACGACGCGUUGCAAGCAAUUGUCGAUCAAGAUGCGCCCCUACUAUCUCCCCAAGAGAAGCUCGUGCUCGCCACGGAGGUGUUCAAUACAACAUUGAAGACUCUCACGGACGCGUUGAAAGCCCCUACUACGAAACGUUCAACCUCUUCCGAGAAAGCCUCCACCAAGUCGACAGCAAGGUCCAAUCCCACCGGGGUUGAUGCGGGGGUGAUUUCCGCGGCAGAGUGCGCUAGACUCGCCUUGUCGACAUUAAGAGCUCUCAAAAAUGAGCAGGGUACCAAAGACUUCCCGAACAUGCAGCUUGAGCAAGGAGUAUGCGUAUUGGCGGGAAAACUGAUAUCGCUGGGACUGAAUGACAUGGCAUGCAGGGAAUUGAGGUCCCUGAAAGGCAGAAUCCAGCACCAUCUGGACCUGCAGAAGACGGGGAAGAAGGCGACCGGCUCCAAUGAUGUGGUGGAUGACGAAUCGGCGAAGGAGCGCAUGUCUGACCUUCUGACUUUUUCGAACCUCUCAAAUGCACAAGCUCUUUACGGUCUACUUGUUCCCUUCCAGGCAAAUACGAUGCGGCUCUUUGCCUCGGAACGCAAGGCUUCGACGGUCCAAAAGCUAUACCCACUACUACAACUCGCCGAACCUAGCAGCCCGGCCCAGAUUAUCAUUGCUGCUGUAAAGUCCAAAAGCUUAUCGAACGACAAAGCCGCUCUUCAACUUCAGUUACUAUCCAAUACUGUGCUGUCUUUGUCUUCCGGAAAGGCCUCCGGCGAUGAGUCGCCAAGAAGUAAAGAUGCUCUGAAGCCAAUUACAGCCUUGGGUCUCCAACUACUGUCCCUGGAAAUUCGAAGCCUGGGGUGGAAAUUAGCGGGCCACGUAUGUGAUGAGAGCAAAGAGGUCUUUGACCCUCUUCUUCGCUACCUUGGAGGAUUCUCUCACCGCAGCAAAGGAAUCGAGAAGGCUGAGUUUGGUGCAGUCUUCAAAGCGAUCACUCGAAUUCAAUCAUCGACCGCCGAGAUCAAGAAACAACCACAAGGAACCAAGGAUAUCAAUUCAACUGCCAAAAUUAUGACCCUUCUCGGCCAGCUUGCACUGGAUGCUGGGUGCAUUGAAGAAUCCUUAAAGCUUUUCGGCAAAGCCAUUACACCACUCUCAAACUCACAAAGCCUUUCCUUAGCCACUGUUCAAUGUAAAAUUGCUGCAGUCUCCUUUCAACGCUUGAAAGGAUCUGGAAGGUUUUUGGAUGAAGCAUUGAAAUCCGUAUCAGACGCCACCAAUGCGCUAGGGUUACAACUCCGAGGCAGUGCGACUGAUUUGGAUGAACUACUUGUUGAGGCAGCUCGGCUCAAGAAGCUUGCUCUUUCUUGGUUUGGUGAGUCAAUCGCGAAGUCAUCCGAUGGUGAUGAGCAAAAGAACGAAAUUGCUUUUCAAAUUCGGGAAUACCUGCAAGCGUUCCUCAGGUUUCUCAGACGUUACAUUGGACGACCUCCUGCAGAGGACAGCGAUGAGAAAGAGCACGAAAUGUUCAAGACUCGCAUCUCUAUGUCUAAAAGCAUCGUUCUCGCCGCCGUCGAUUCGGCUGUUGCUGUCGGGAAAUUAUCGAUCAUGUCGCAAAGACCACCAUGGGAUGACAUGCUCCCCAUUCUAGUGGACUGCCAUCGCCUACUUACUUGUGUCGAAAGCCCUGGUGAUACCAGCUCGGAUGCUUCAAAUAUUGGUGCAGGACUAGUGAAAGUCUCCAAUCUUUUCUGGUCUCGUUACAUCAAGGAAAAGGAAGCUGGUCAAGGUUACCGCGAGUUACUCGCUCUUCUAAAGCAAUCGACUCAAAUAACCUCCACCUGCUCGCCAUCUCUCCGCACCACUGCUUUUACUGCCUUGAAAUUCGAAAGAAUGGCACAUCUUUACUUGGAUGCUAAUAUGCUCGUGGAUUCCGAGAAGUCAUUUCGGCAAUCAAUCGCUGAGUAUAUUGAUUCAGGUACUCUACAGCAAAUAACUGACAGUGGAAUGGGGGCUCACCCUAUCUCAGGCGGCCAGAAUUCCCAGAGUCCUGCUUUUAUGCUGGGCCGGGUUCUCUCUACAUUCCUGAAGGUGAAUUUACGGCGAAAAGGGUCCAAGUCUUCCGACAUUUAUGAUGAUGUUGAGCUGGGAUCUGAACAACGAGGCAUGCUUCUUGAAUGGCAAAUGAGCCUUCUUGCUGAGCUGCAUGCAUACUCUUCGAGCGAAGAGGAGUUCCGGUCCACUUUCACCUCGGUGGUAUCUGACCUCAUUGAUAUCUACUCGACAGACCUUCAUCCCAUUCGCCAUGGCCGAGUGGUUCUUUCUGCUCUUCGAUACUUACUAGAGCAUCCUGGCUGUUUGGAUCCCACUCUUUCCGAAAGAAUCAUGGAGGAAGGCACAAAAGCUUUCACAGACGGAAUUGGAGUUGGAGAAGACACUGAUUUGGCACCUUUUAUCCAACAUAUCACGAACUCUUUAAGAAUUAUGAUUGGCUUCCAUCACGGCCAAAUGGAUGCGAAUGGCUUGGAAAACACCCUUGCAUCAUGGACCUCAAUGAUUCGACAAUGUGCAGAUGAAAGCUCUUUGCUUCUCUGCGUCAAUGAUAUCGAUUACUGGGUUCUUCAAUUGAAGGCCUUGGUUGAUUACACGGAAAUCCACGGCCUUUGGAAAUCCCAGCUUUCGGCCCUGGAGCUGAUACUUCGAGUGGCUGAGCUUCAGAAGUCAACUGACCUUUCGGAUGCAAUCGCCAUCCUUUCGCGCUUGGUGCUACAGCAUUGUCGACUUGGGCAUUGUCAGAAAGCAGGUGACCUUCUCUCACGCGGUGAACAGUAUCUCACUCGACACAAGAUCUCUUCCCUAGCGACCAUUUCGUUCAAAUUGGCACGGGUUGAAUAUCUUCUCGAGACAGGAGAGGCAGACAAAGCCGCCUCGGUUCUUUCUGCCACAAAAUUACUGUAUGAAAAAAGCCAGGACUCAGACGAGAUGAGCAAUUUAUCUGUUUCAUCGAAAAUAUCAUGGGAGAGACUUAUUGCGGAUGCCACAUUUAUUCAAUCCCGCCUGUCGACUGCUCAGGGUUCAAUGACCAAUGCUCUUUUCUUUGCCAAGCUGUCUGUGAGGCUCAACUGUCGGAUUUGGGCUAAGGUUGAGAAAUUAGCUCAACGAAAACAAGACAAGUCUUUGGUCACAGGAGGAAGCUCUGAUGUUGACGCGGUCGCUGACGGCGUGGCAAAGCUUGACUUAUCCCAAAACGGACCUUCUUCGGAGGUUUCAGCGAGCUAUACCCAAGGUGCGCCAUUCUGGCCACACCUCGGCUCACAUCAUACCUCCUUGUUGAACCUCGCAACAUUGUCGGCCCACCAUGGCUUGUUCCAGGACGCCAUCUACUACGGACAGCAGGCAUUGAAGAUUGACAAAACGCUUGACGCAAACGUUCGUCUUGUGGCUGCACAAACUCAGCUUGGUUGCUACUGGACUCUCGGCGGUCAUGUGGACGAAGGACAAGAACUCCUCGUCGCAGCAUCAGAAUCGGCAAAGCAGAUCCAGGCUAGUAUGGAGACUGUCUCGCUGCACAUGGCUCUUGCUUCUCUUUACAAAGUGCAGGGGCAAUACGACAAGGCAUUCCAUCUGCUACAGGAGGCUGAUAAGGCCAUAACAGCUAUUAUUUCCUCCGACGCAAUCAGCAUCUCAGAGGCCCCGAAUGUUGCACUUCUUGAAGAGAAGAUGGAGAAGUUGAAGGUACGAAGCAGUCGUCGAACACCGUCAACGACUACUGCUACCACCGCUCCCACCGUUGGCCGUCGUACUCGUGCAACUAGUUCUGCUACAGCAAGCACUGCUAAGAAGGUCUCAACGCCCAAAAUCCCCCAAGUUGACGUCCAAUCAAAGUCUCUCUUGAGGCUGAAGAGUGAUAUUCUUCGCCAACAGGCCGACUGCUUGCGAGCACUUCGAGAUUACGAGCGUUCUGCAAGCACUCUCAUGGAAGCUCGUCAGUUUGCUACGGCACGAGAAAGUAAAGUCUCUCUCCAGAUUGGCGAAAGUGAACAUUUGUUGGCCGAGGCCAUUCGUCAGUUUGCAAGUCACGCUGUAUACUGUGUUUUACCUGAGUCUACAAUCUCACUGCCUUCCCUCAAGACACCAAGCAAAUCAGCAGACGAACCAAAUGUUCAAAUGACAAAACCCACUACCAAGCGAGCAAGGGCACCUGCCAAGGGAACUCGGGCUAAAGCUCAAAAAGCUAGUGAAGAUUUCUCCAUCAUGCUCACCAAAGCAAAUGAUUGUCUUACUGGGGUUUUCACUGAUGUUACUGUACUUGGUUCCACCUUGGAGAGCCAUGCAGCCUCUCGAUUGAUGAGUCGCAUUUCUAUGCUUUCGCAUGCCACUACCCCAGGGAGUCCUGCAAUCUGGGCGCAAUCCCCGGCGACCAUGAAUGAAAUUGGACGAGUUGGUGCAUUCGCUCGCGAGCGUAUGGCUAUUAACUUUGAUCGACAAUUGUCAGACUUUGCUGAUCCACUCAUGUGGCCUACUUCUGCAUCCUCAGCUGCCGGAAUGGAAGCAAAAAUCUGCUCAAGUUUCACUGAGCUUUAUGUUGAUAUUCUACCCGAAAACUGGAAUGUUCUUUCUUUAUCUCUAAGUGCUGACGGGACCGAGUUUGUGGUCUCCCGGCUGCAGAAGAAUCGUUCUCCUUUCCUGCUUCGUUUACCUCUCCGGAGAGGAAACGUCGAUGACGAUGAAGAAGAGCAAUUCACUUUUGAAGAUGGAAAAGAAGAGAUGCAGGAAGUUAUCAAGCUGGCCAACGAGAGUGCACAUGCUGCCAAGGCUCAGAUUGACAAGAAAAUGAAGAAAGAAUGGUGGAAGACUCGGGAAACCCUGGAUCGUCGACUAGAAAGCCUGCUUCAAAACAUCGAAAACCUUUGGUUUGGAGGCUUCCGUGGCGUCUUUUCACCGCUUGCACGAGAUGCCACCGCGCUCUCUCGCUUUGCCAGUGCCUUCCAAGGAAUCCUGGACAAGCAUCUCCCCUCUCGCCAAAAAGGUAACAAGGCUUCUUCGCCUCGCCUUACUCUUCAUCAAAAUGUUCUGGAAAUGUUCAUUGGGCUUCGAGACCUCGAACAGUCGGAGGAGCCUGAGGAUACAUUGAUGGAUCUUCUCUACUUUGUGGUAGAUAUCUUGCAAUUCCAGGGCGAACGUAAUGCUUAUGAUGAAAUUGACUUCGACAUGAUGGUUGUUGAUACUCUCGAUGCCAUGCGAGGUUAUCACGAAGCCGCGCGGGAAGAGCUUGCGUCAACCCCACCAAGCCAUACGGUGCUCGUGCUAGAUAAGGCUCUGCACUUGUUUCCAUGGGAGUCCCUACCGUGUCUUCAAGGAUACCCUGUCUGCCGAGUUUCAUCACUGGAGUGUCUUCGUGAGCGGGUGCUUCAAUUCGGUGAAAAUCGAUCUGGUGCGGUCGUGGAUCGUACAUCGGGCGCUUACCUUCUUAACCCUACAGGCGACCUACGUACAACCCAAACAACCUUUGAAGGGGAUCUUUCGGGGCUGAAGUCUUGGACCGGGGUGGUCAAUCGUGAACCAUCAGAGGAUGAAUUCCGUGACUGCAUAGAGUCCAAGGAUCUUUUCUUGUACUUUGGCCAUGGCAGUGGUGCCCAGUACAUUCGCGGACGUACGAUCAAGCGACUAUCCAAAUGCGCCGUUGCAUUCCUCAUGGGUUGCAGCAGUGGUACACUCACCGAGGCGGGCGAAUAUGAACCAUAUGGUACACCUAUGAACUACCUUCAUGCAGGCAGUCCUGCACUCGUGGCUACCCUGUGGGAUGUCACUGAUAGGGACAUUGAUCGAUUCGCAUCGUCCACUUUCGAUUCAUGGGGCUUGUUUGAGAGAGGGAAGCCCGACACUCAGCAGAGUGAUGUUGGUUUGGACACUGCAAUUGCAGGAGCACGGGGGUCAUGUGUAUUGAAAUACCUGAACGGGGCAGCACCCGUGGUGUAUGGAGUUCCAGUGUUUUUGGGAUGA